AUGAAGUUCCUUUCCUCGUUUGUGGUCAUGCUCUGCCUGAGCUAUGAGACUGUUGCUGCCCCAACACCUGCACGGCUGCAGCGCAAGGGCACCUCCUACAAGGUUGAACGAGUCAGACGAGAGGGCUUUGUCGCCGAUGGCGCCUCUGCUCUUCGCAAGGCGUACAGCAAGUAUGGCAUCACGGCUUCCACGAAGGAAUCCGGUGCGGAUCUGUGGGACUUUGAGCCGUAUGCCACUGUCAAGGAGGCUACAAGUUCCAGCGCAGCCGCCAGCUCGGCUUCUGCUUCACAGACGGGCGAAGUCACUGCCACUUCCGCAGAUGAUGGCUCGGAGUUCGUCUCCCCGGUGAUCAUUGGUGGCCAGACGAUCAAUAUGGACUUUGAUACCGGCUCUGCUGACCUAUGGGUGUUCAGCUCGGAGCUGCCGUCCGAGGACCAGGAAGGACACACCAUCUUCGAGGUUUCCGAGUCCAGCACUUUCGAACUCCUGGAGGGCGAGACUUUUGAGAUCUCCUACGGAGAUGGGUCCUCUGCCGCUGGUGUGGUGGGAACGGACACGGUUAACAUCGGCGGCGUGACAGUGACCAGCCAGGCUGUCGAGCUCCCCACCACCAUAUCCGCAGAAUUCAUCGAGGACACUGCCUCCAACGGACUAGUGGGCUUCGCCUUUUCGAACAUCAAUGCCGUGUCGCCCGAUCAGCAGAAGACCUUCUUUGCCAACGCCGCUGACAGCAUGGACGAACCCGUGCUGACGGCACAGCUGACGGACGACGGCACGGGUGAGUACGAGCUUGGCUACAUCGACACGUCCAAAUACACCGGCGAGAUGGCCAACAUCACCAUCGAUUCGUCAAACGGCUAUUGGGAGUUCGCUUCGGCCGAGUACGCCAUCGGAAGCGGCGACACGCAGUCCAUCGAGGAUGUCCAGGUCGCCAUCGCCGACACGGGCACCACCCUCAUGCUCUCCAGCCCGGAUGUCGUUGAGGCCUUCUACGCCGAGGUUGACAGCGCCCAGUACUCCAACAGCUACGGCGGCUACGUCUAUCCCUGCUCCGCUACCCUACCCGAUCUCUCUGUCGCCGUGGGCUCGUCACACCUGGUCACCAUCCCCGGCUCCUUACUUACCUACUGCGAGAUUGGCACAUCCUCUUCAGGAGAAACCGUUUGCUAUGGAGGCCUUCAGUCCAGCGGGGACAGUGAAAUCCAAAUCUACGGUGACAUCUUCCUACGAUCCCUGUUCGUCGUCUUCGACCUCCGUGGUCCAUCUAUGGGAUUUGCUGCUCGGGCAUAG